GAACUUGUUUAAUUAGAAGAAAAUUUUCUGCAUUUUUUUUUUAAUUUAAUAAAUUUUUAUUUUAUAAAAAAAUCUCUAAAUAAUUUUAAUCUCAAAAUGACCGAUAAAAUCACUUUUUGUUUUAUGCAAGUGAUAAGAAAUCCGCCUUAAAUUGUAUGGGAGUUGGUUCACUUGGAAUAUUUGUCUUCCAACCAACACACCCAAUCAAUUCUUUCCCUUCAGGCGCCAAACACGCAAUUCUUUCUCUCUCUUCACUCACUCAACACACAGAGGGUUUAUGCCAUGGCAGAUGCAACGAGUCCACCUCGUGACCACGACAGUGGUGGCGACCAGAGCCCACGCGGUUCUUCCUCUGCCGCGCGUGAACAAGAUCGUUUCUUGCCUAUUGCUAACAUUAGCAGAAUCAUGAAGAAAGCUUUACCUUCCAAUGGAAAGAUUGCUAAAGAUGCUAAAGACACGAUGCAAGAAUGUGUUUCUGAAUUCAUCAGCUUUAUUACUAGCGAGGCGAGUGAGAAAUGUCAGAAGGAGAAGAGAAAGACUAUUAAUGGAGAUGAUUUGUUAUGGGCAAUGGCUACUUUAGGAUUUGAAGACUAUAUAGAACCGCUUAAGGUGUACCUAGCAAGGUACAGAGAGAUAGAGGGUGACAAUAAAGGAUCUGUUAGAAGUGGUGAUGGAUCUGGUAGACGAGAUCAAGUCAGCCCUGUGGGCCAAAAUGCUCAGCUUGUUCAGCAGGGUUCUUUUAACUAUAAUGGUUCCCAGGUGCAUCCACAACAUUUGGUCAUGCCUUCAAUGCAAAAUCAUGAAUAGAUUAUUUGCUUCUCCUCAUCUCAUUUAUGUCACGUUAAUGCUUGUUCAUGUGGGAUGAAUGGAAACAAUGGUUUGGUGAUUAAAUUUAGGUACUCGUGUGAAGAAAGCAUAGGUGGCAGAAUUUUGGUAGCGAUAUUCAUGUAGAUUUUUGAUACAAUUAUUAUCAAAUUUAGCUGCCUUACCCACUAAAGGGAAAAUAUGUGAUUUUCCAUGUAACUUGUCAUGGUGAGUGAGAAGUGCCUGUUUUGAGAAUUAUGUUUAGAUAUUAUAUUUUCAAAUUUUGAGAAAAAACAGAUAUUAUAUCAGUGUUUAUUUACACAAACUGCA